AUGGCGGAAGGCUUCAUUUCAUACCAAGAUAAAGGACCUAGCGAGACUCUAAGAGAAGUCGCACAAAGGUAUCUAACUGAACUUGCUAUGAGGAGUAUGGUUCAACUGUAUGAAGCUGAAAUCUACACUCCACUUAAGAAGUUUGAUCGGUGUGGGCUUCAUGAUUUAAUGCAUGAUUUUAUCUCUUCAAAAGCUGAAGAAGAAAACUUUCUGAACCACCUUGAUGCUCCUAAAUAUCUGUGUGGCAUUCCUUCAGCAACUGGAACAAGGUUAGCUCUACUGCAAUCCAUUGACAACUCUAUAAGCCGAUUAUCCAUCAGUUAUGUCCUCAAAACACCUGUGUCAAGUAUAAAUGGGUUAGAUAAGCUUAAGGAUCUUAGAUCCUUUAUGCUUUUCUCAGUAUAUAUUACUUGUCCACUCAUUGUCUUCAAAGAUCUGUUUCUCGAUCAAGUUAUAAUCGUGGUUGGAGGGGAAAAGCUACGGCUUGAUGGGUUAGACGAGUUGGAGACAUUAGUUGAGGUCAGGAGUGAGACUGUUUGCAUUGCAGAUAUCCCCAAACUGAUCAGUCUACGAACACUGAGUGUUAAAGUUGAUAACGUGGAUGUGGAUAGCAUGUCAAUUGUGUUAAGCAACAAAAAUAGCCUAUUGCGUGAGACUCAUUCUGUGGUUGUAUCAUGUGAUUUAAAUUCAGAUAAAGGUAUAGAGGUUUUAAAUGAUGGGUUGAUGUCUUCUUCAUUGGUUACUUUGGAGAUGGAUAGAUGUAAUAUGGGUGGUUGUUUUCCAUACUACAAACAAGGGAUGUGUCAGAAUUUAGUAAGUUUGGAACUUAAAGAAUGCAAGGUUAAGGUAGAUGUGAUGGAGUUUGGCAAGUAUCCCAUGUUGCAAACUCUGUCAUUGAGCUCAGUCGAGAGGACAGAAACAUUAGUUUGCCAUUCAAAUUCAUUUCCACAACUCAAGAGACUUCAACUCUAUGAUCUGCAGGAUUUAAAACAAUGGGAAGUGGAAGAAAUAGCAAUGCCAAAACUUGCUUAUUUGGAAAUUUGUGAUUGCUACAAUUUGGAGAAGAUUCCAGAUGGAUUGAGAUUCAUCUCCAGUUUUCAUGACAUGAGAAUAUUUUCGAUGCCAAGAGAAUUCAUGGAAAGAGUUAAAGAAGAAGAUUAUGCGCCAUCGAUCUGUCAAUAUACAAAAGAGUCGUCUCAUCUCUUUAAUGACGAGUGCCGAGGUGAGGGUCCAACGGUCAUAUUCGAGGCCAACGACACGCAAUACAACAGGGCAUACUGA